CCCGGGCGGCCGGCACGUUCCCUAAUCGCCCGAUCUAAACAAUACACAAAAAAGUCUCGACCCGUUUCGCCCCGACCGGUCGCCGCGCCACCACCCACUCCCCCUCAAACACCGGCGGUGGUCAUGCCGCCUCCGCCUCCUCCUCCGCCGCCGCCGCCGCCGUCUCCUCCUCGCCUUCCUCUCACCGCCCACCGCCUCCCUCUCCCGCCCGCGACCUCGCCCCCCGCCUCGCUCCUCCUCGCGCCGCGCCCUUCCCCCACCCGCGCGCUCGCGCUCCUCUUCCCGGACUCCUCCGCGCGCCUCCUCCCCUCCCUGCCGCCCGCCGCCUCGCUCCCCGCCACCGCCGUCCCCUCCCCGCUCGCCGCUGCCGCCUGCUUCGUGCUCCUGCUGCCCUCCUCCCACCUCCUCUUCCUCUCCGCGCACCCGUCCCCUUCCUCCCCCGCGGCCCACCUCCGCGCCUACUCCCUCGCCUCCGGCCGCUUCUCGCCCGCCCCGCUCUCCUUCAAGCGCCAGGCCUCCGCCUCGGGGCUGCCCCUGCACGGCCUCCCGUUCGGCCUCGGCGUCCGCCUCGCCGGCGGGGUCAACGCCGUGGCUCUGCUGUCCCUCUCCGCCGGGCAGAUCUGGGUGCUAGCCCCAGGGAUGGCUGCGGACGGGCGCACGGUGGAGCUGCACAAGUGCGCGGUCGUCGAGCUCGAGCCGUCGCGGCCGGUGUACGCCAUGGAGGUUGCCAUGGGGAGGCUGCUCCUCGGUGAGGCUGGUGGUUUGCGCGUGUUCCCGCUACAAGGCUUGAUGAAGAGUGGGAAAGAGAGGCAGGUGAGGAAGGAGGGUGCGGGGGCAGCAGUAAGGAAGAGCCUGCACAAGAAGAAUGGAAUUCGGAAUGGUUUUAUUGUGCCAAUUGGGCAUGGCGGUAGCGAGGGAGGUGGCAAACGAGAAGCUGUUUCCACUCGUAAGCUGGCAACUUUGAGAGUAAAACAGACUUCAGGGAGCUAUUUCUCUUUCUUUUCCUCAUGUAGUUCUGAGGAUCAUCAUAACUCACAAGGUGCCGUAGAAGUGAAAAAUGUAGUGAAAGUUGUUUCAAUCCGUCCUCUUUCCAAGGACAAGUUUUUGGUCCUUGAUUCAGCUGGAUUGUUACAUGUAUUCAGUCUUCAAAACAAAGAAUUGCUCUCAGAAGCUACUAGCAAGAGAUAUAGUGGAAAUCACACACACUGUUUGGAUAAUGCCAUGAAAGUGCAGCUAUUUGCUGUCUUUCCAAGUAGCUCUACAAAGACAGAAAUCUUUUGGAUUUCGGAUGGUGGGCAUUCCAUACACAUAAUGUCAGCACUUGAUGUUGAACCCCCCAACAGUGAUAAUGGAGGUGGUGAUGGAGAAAGAGAAUCAACAACCAUUAAGCUCACAGCUAUUGAAGCAAUCUUUACAAGUGAAAAGGUUCAGGACAUUGUGCCUAUCUCCAAGGAUUCAGUCCUUAUCCUUGGUCAAGGCAACAUGUUUUUGUAUGGAACUUCUUGAAUUUUGUUGAUUAUAUCAUAUAUUCGGUGGGAGAUGUGAAUGUUUGUCUAGAUCAUGAAUUUGCAGUUUCGAUGGGUUUUUGGCUGAAGACAGGUGUUGGAGAUUUUGAAGAAUGCAGUUGUUCACCUGUCUUUGAAGUCAUGAGUAUCAUUAGUCUUUAAUUUCAGUUAGCAGAUGAAAUACUCGAGACUUCAACAGCCAGCAAGAGUUGAAAGGUGCAGGCCGUUCUCCAUCUUGUCAACUGUCUGAAAGCAACAUUACAAAACUAUAGGUCUUUCAGCACAGUUCACAAGCCACAGCAACUUCUGAACAGGUGAAGCCAGAUUAUUCCCAGAAUACAACCACCCAGUUGUUUUUGCAUACACAUUUUGCGUGCCAGGACAACUGCAGUUCUGGUUGCGAUAUCUGGAAGAAGAUAAGGCUGCAAUCCUAUGCCCAGCUCAGCUGUUGUGGAACGUGGAUCAUCAUCAAGUGGGUCGGUUAUGAAGCUACAGGUUUGGUGCUCCACAAGGAGGUUGAUCAGUUCAGAGACUGGACCUUGAGUCCAUGGUGUCCUGGAGUUCAGCGAGUAUUUUCGUUCCAAGUGCCAGGCCCCGAGGACUUCAGAAACCAAUAAUGUAUUUGCCAUGUUCAAUGUCAGGUUUUCACAAUGCGCACGCUAGUACGGUGUGAGCUUGCAAACAUUUACCCGUUGUGCCUGUUUCUGAAAUCAAAAUCUAGUUAUUUGCCCCGUUUGGAAAGUUUAUUUGUUGGCUCA